GUGCUGGAACAACCUGAAGUGGACUUGACCAUCGAUGAUGAUCAAGUCCAUGAAGUUUUAAUUCAUGAACGACCAGAGGAUAUGGAGGUUGUUCAAUCAAUGAAUAAAGACUUCGAUUCCGAUUCAAACUCAGAUGUCGGCUGCCACUCGGACUCGCACUCCAUCUUCGAUAACGACAAAGACAACGGCAACGAAAAGGAAAAGGAAGAGAAAAAGGAACAAGAAAAGGAAAAGAAGGAGAAGGAGAGAGAGAAGGAAAAGGAAAAAGAAAAAGAAGAGGAAAAUGAGAAGGAGAAGGAGAGAGAGAAGGAGAAGGAAAAGGAAAAGGACAAGAAUGGAAGCAGCAGUAGGAGUGACGAGGACGAAGACAACAAGAAAGGCAAGAAGAGAGAGAAUAAGAAAACUGAGAAGAGAGAGGAGGAGAAGGAGAAGAGGGAGAAAGAGGAAAACAAGAAAAAGGACGAAAACUGCAGUAGCAGUGACGACCAAGACAGUGAGGAGCAAACGCAGGAAAAAAGGAAGAAGAAAAAGAAGAAGCAUACGGAGAAGAGGGGAAAGAAGGAAGAGAAAACAGAAGAAAAGGAAAGAGAGAAGAGAGAAAAGCAGCGUCGGAACAGAGACACCUACAGCGGCAACUCUAAGAAGGAGAAAAAAAAGGAGGAAAACCAGAACAAGAAAAGGAACGGAAACAGCAGUAGCAGUGAUGACGACGAUGACAGCGACAGCGACAUUGACGCAGAGAAGAAGGAAAAGAAGAGAGAAAAGGAGAAGGAGAAGGAGAAGAAGAUGAAGAAGGAAAAAGAGAAAGAGGAGGAAAAAAAGAACAAGAAGAAGCACGGAAACAGCAGUAGCAGUGACAACGAAGACAGCGAGGAGCGAACGAAGGAGAAAGGGAAGAAGAAAGAGAAGAAGGAUACGGAGAAGAGGGAGAAGAAGAAAGAGAAGAAAAGAGAGAAGAGAGAAAAGCGACGUCGGAACAAAGAUACCGACAGCGACAGUUCCAGCAACAGCUAUAGCCUCACAAAGACUAUCAUGGCAUGA